AUGAAGAAAGUGACUAUGAAAGCACAGCAUCUGCCUUCCUUUUCCAUCAAUGAGGAGAAGUUCCUAACCAGAGAGCAGCUCAAUUCUCUUCUGAAGACUUACAACUCCUACUAUUCUGAUCAGGAAAACCUGCAGCUGUCACAUAAUCAGCCAGAAGGAGGCAAACCAUUUGUUGAAGGGAUCCUGUCCAUCUCCUGGGGGGUCCGGCACCCCAUCAGGCUGAAGAUCCAGGAUGAGAAGCAGCUUCCCUCUUUUGUCACCCUGAAGGCAGCAGAGGGUGUGGGGCUGUUCCCUGCUAAGAGGGGCAUGACACGCUGGGGGGAGUUUGAUGACCUGCAUCACAUCAGUGGGGACACACUGAAGUCUGCUGAGGAAGAGCCAGGCCUGGAGAGAAGCCACCCCUGCUACGAGAGCCUCACGCUGCAGCCCCAGAGCCAGCAGGACCAGGACUGUGCCACCCUGCCCAGGACCCGCAGCGAGGCGGCCACGGUGCGCAGGAGGACCAGGGGGCCCACCAUAGCCAGGAGGGAAGAGGAGACUCACAGGUUCUCAAUCAAUGGCCACUUCUACAACUAUGAGACCUCAGUGUUCACUCCAGCUUUUGGAUCAGAAACCAAGAUAAGGAUCAACAGCCAGAUGAGGACAAGGCAGGUCAUAGAGCAGCUGCUGAGAAAGUUCAAGAUAGAGAACAGCCCCCAGGAGUUUGCUCUUUACAUCAUCCACGCAUCUGGAGAGAAGAAGCAGCUGAGGAGUGCAGACGUCCCCCUCCUGCACAGGCUCCUGCAGGGGCCCUCGGAGCAGGUGGCCAAGUUCUUCCUGAUGGACAGGGACGUGGAGGAGAUCAGCAGUGAUGUUGCUCAGUACCUCCAGUUCCACCUUCCCUUUUUGGAAUCGAUCCUGCACAGGAUAAAUGAAGAGGAGCAGCAGGAGAUCCAGCAGACAGUUGCAAGGUAUGUGAAGGAGAAGACCCUGAUACACCAGCACCUUCGCAGUCGAGCUGCUAAGAAAACAGAGACCACUGUCUGA